GUGUAGCAUAACUAUAGAAAAAUAAAUAAAUCACAUAUAUUCAAUACAUGAUAUAAACAUUACACAUGUUGUAAACGCCAAAAUUCAAGUCGUGGAUGGAUGAUAGAAAAUAAAUUCCAUGCAUGAACCAUGACAAUGUUCUUAGUAGGGGAAGCUUCUUGGUACCAAUCAAAGGAGAAGAAACGUGACCCGACCCGACCCAUUCCCACCAAACUUUGAUUCUUUAUCCGUUUCUGGAUAAGCUUACUUUUCUUCUUCUAUCAUUUCCCUUUCAAAAUUCACUAUUUUUUAUUCUUAAAAUAUCACUAAAGCUUACUUUUCUUCCUCUAUCAGCUUCCUAAUAAAACUUACUAUACUUUAUGUUUACUUUUAUAAUAUCAAUAAAACAGAUACAAAAAUAAUACCUGAUGAUCUAAACUAUAACGUAACAUGGUUAUGUUUUAUCAAAAGAAUAUUUUUUUUUAAAUACAAUAAUUAAAAUUUUCAACGUUGCGGCGACUUUUAAAUUACCGUUUCUCACUUGUACACGCGUUUCAUACUAUCUGUUCAUCACCCAACUUCUUAUAAAUACGUUUUAUUCCAACUACAACUUCAUACCAAAAAACUCCUCUUUAUUUCUUCAACAAUACCUGCUAUAUUAUUUAUAAAAAAAAUGGUUAAUUUAGAUUGCAAAACCAAUAUUGUAUCUACAGAUAACAUGCCAAACAGAUCACCAAGACCUUCAUCAUCAACCAAACUUUCUGUUCUUGUUCCACCACCACCCCUUCAAGUUCAAGACUUAUCACCAGCAUCCGACACCGCGUGCACCGCAUACGAGCAUUACUUACGCCUUCCUGAAAUCAGAGACCUAUGGAACAAAGUUGAGUUUCCUGAAUGGAAAAAUGAAGCUGUACUCAAACCGGCUUUGCACGCUUUGGAGUUUACAUUCCGUUUUGUUUCGAUCGUGUUGUCGGAUCCACGACCUUAUGCGAAUCGCCGCGAGUGGAUGCGUAGGCUGGAGUCUUUGACAACGAGUCAAAUCGAGCUUAUUUCUUUGUUUUGUGAAGAGGACACGUGUACGGCCCCGAUUGUUAAUAUAGGCGAAAGCGGGGGUGUUUUAACGCGCGAGGGAAGCUCGGCGGAGGUGUGGAAGCUUAGCGAAGGCGAAGACGCGACGGUUUUAGUUAGCCAGAUAAGCGAGGAAAGCCUGUUACCACGGCUUGCCACGUGGAGGAAAUCCGAAAAUCUAGCACAAAAAAUCCAGUACACGAUAGAGUGCAACAUGAUGAGAUGUCCGUACACGUUAGGGUUAGGCGAGCCGAAUUUAAGCGGUAAGCCAAGCCUAAACUACGACGCGGUUUGCAAGCCAUCGAACCUUCAUUCUCUAACAAAAACGCCACCGGAUCAAUCUAAUGUCAACAACUACGAAAACCGAACGCUCUUCACCACGCACCAGAUCCUCGAGUCGUGGAUCCACGUCGCGCAGAAACUCCUAAUCCGAAUCGAAUCGGAUAUUAAUUCAAACGGUUUUGCAACCGCUUCAACUAACUGUUACAUUCUAGAACAGAUAUGGAAACUAUUAGCAAAGAUCGAAGAUCUUCAUCUACUAAUGGAUCCAGACGAUUUUCUCCGGUUGAAGAACCAGCUGGAUAUCAAAACAACAUGUGAAACCGAUUCGUUAUGCUUCAGAUCUAGAUCUCUAACCGAGAUUACGAAACUUUCGAAAAACUUAAGGCAUAAGGUACCGUACAUUCUCGACGUUGAAGUGGAUCCAAUGGGCGGACCUAUUGUUCAAGAGACGGCGUUAAAGUUGUACCGGAAAAAGGACAACGGCGUGAAGAUUCAUCUGUUGCAAGGAUUACAGGCGGUUGAAGCGGCGGUUAAGAAGUUUUAUUAUUCGUAUAAACAGUUGUUGGUGGUGGUGAUGGGGAGUGUGGAGGCGAAAGGUAAUUUGGCUUCUGUGACGGUGGAUUUGAAUGAUUCGUUGGGUCGGAUAUUUUUGGAACCGACUUAUUAUCCGAGUUUGGAUGGGGCGAAGACGUUUUUGGGAGAUUAUUGGAGUCAUGAAGGGAGAGGGAGGUAGACGGGUUGACUCGGUAGUGAGUUGGUGACUCGGUCGUGUUUUACAGGCAGGAUUAGGUUGGCGGAAAUUUGAAAAUUGGAAGUCAAUGUGACAUUUGGUGACUUAGACUAGGGGAUGUGGUCAACGGUCAAUGUUUUAUUUUUGUUUGUAUACAAAAGAUUAUUCAUGUAUUCCUUCCAUUCAAAACUUAAUAUAUAAAAUCUAUUGAUUUAUUUGUAAA